AUGUAUUUCGUCAUAUCGUGUAUCUCCCGCCAUCACUUCACAAAGUAAUAUUCAAUAAUUCAUCUGGGAUCUGACAGGUAACUGAGAGAAACGGUAAUGGGCUCCGACACCAGCCGCCGUUGGUGGCGGAAAUCGGACCUUUGGGAAGUGGCGUCCGUUCUGCUACUCGGCCAGGGCGUCUCUUUUAUAUUGGCUCUUCUGAACUUCACUUCAUCUCUAACCGCCAAUCUUGGUGCUAAUUCGCCUGUAACUCUAGGACUUUUAGGUUAUCUGGCUUUAACCUUGAUCUAUGGAAGCAUCUUGUUGUAUAAGCACCAUGAACUCAUUAUUCCUUGGUAUUGGUAUGCUCUGUUAGCAUUCUUUGAUGUCCAAGGCAAUUAUCUUUUUAAUUCAGCAUAUUACUUCUCAUCCAUUACAAGUGUAGCAUUAUUAGAUAGCUGUACAGUUGGUUGGGUUAUUCUUUUUACUUGGAUCUUUUUGGGCACAAAGUAUUCUCUAUUGCAGUUCCUUGGUGCAGCUGUUUGUGGUGUAGGCCUUUGUUUAGUGCUUCUUUCUGAUGCUGGGGUUGGUGGUGGAGGUGGUUCAAAUCCACUUUUGGGUGAUAUGCUUGUCAUUGGGGGGACACUUUUCUUUGCACUGAGCAAUGUUGGUGAGGAGUUUUGUGUUAAAAAGAACUGUCAACUUGAAGUAUUAGCAAUGCUUGGUGUAUUUGGAAUGUUUUUUAGUUUAAUCGAGAUCACCAUAUUCGAGAGGAAGAAUCUUGAAGCAGUGACAUGGUCUACUGAACUUAUACUCACACUUGUUGGUUACACAGUGGGAUUCUUUAUAUUCUACUCUUUAACGUCUUUUAUACUAAAGACAAGUGGGUCCACAUUGUUCAAUUUGUCCCUACUCACAGCUGAUAUGUGGGCUGUAAUCAUUCGCAUUUUUUUCUACGAACAAAAGGUGGAUUGGUUAUACUAUGUAUCGUUCUUAAUUGUUGGUGUUGGUCUUUUCAUAUAUUCCAAAAGUGAGAAGAAUCCGAUUCCGAAUCCGUCGCCGGAAUCUGAAAACGGGAAUCGGAAUCCACAGUACCAACUUGUUCAUGAACAAGGUGCCGAAACCCUGAGUGGGAGUCCGUGACGUCAAGUUCAUAACAAAUUUGUUUAUUGUAAUUUAGUUAAGUGAAGAGUUUCAUUUAUAGUAAAUCUUGGAAAGAGCAUAUAAAAUCCAUGAAAAAAUUACACAUGUAUGUAAGCCUCAUAAAUCAAAAACAAAUCUCCUAUGGUGGGAGAAGUCGUUUACA